GCAUUGGAGCCGCUUUAGUUCGUCCGGCCGAUGUUGCCGAGGAGGGCCCUCCCCUUCCCUCUCCUCCACUCCGGCUCUGAACUUAAACGCACACCCACCGCGCCUGCCUGCGCCAGGAAUGGAUAACGGCUGUCUCCAAACAUGGCACUGCGACACUAUACUCUCGACUUCAGCCUCUCGACUGCAGUUGACUCUGCAUCAACAGUCCCGGUGCUCCUGUCCAUAUUCCACGAGCAGGAAAUGACAGAGACCGUGCAUGACACAGACGGGCGCGGAUACCUCGCCACCUUUGUCGGAAAGAACGGCAGGCUUGUUAUUUUGCGGCUGCACGCCCACGGGUUGCUCACGAUUGACCUGCAGUGUUAUGAAGGCGAUAACAUUGCUCAACUAGACAGUCUUUUAAAUACACUGGAAAAGAAACUAAAGGUUCUCCUCAACGGCAAGAUAACGCGCGUCAAAAGGCUCCCGCCUCUCAUCCGAGGAGCCAAAGUGGACCGGUACUGGCCCACCACCGACGGAAGGCUGACCGAGUACGACAUAGAUCGCGUCUUGUACGACGAAGACUCCGCAUACCAAAACAUCAAAAUAUUGCACUCGCAGCAGUUUGGGAACAUGCUGGUCCUCAAUGGAGAUGUCAAUCUGGCGGAGAGCGACUUGCCCUACACGGAAGCCAUCAUGGGCGGCGGGAAGGAGGACUACGCCGGCAAGGAAGUGCUGAUUUUGGGAGGAGGCGACGGAGGCAUCCUCGCUCAGGCCGUCAAACAAAAGCCAAAGAUGAUCACCAUGGUGGAGAUUGAUCAAAAGGUGAUCGACGGGUGCAAAAAGUACAUGCGGAAGACGUGCGGCAAUGUGCUGGACAACCUGAAGGGGGACUGUUACCAAAUUCUAGUGGAGGACUGCGUGCCCGUGCUUAAGAAGUACGUGCUGGAGGGGAGAACGUUUGACUACAUUAUUAACGAUCUCACCGCAGUCCCGAUAUCCACAGAACCAGAAGAAGACUCAACAUGGGAGUUCCUCCGUCUCAUUUUGGAUCUAUCAAUAAAAAUCCUGCAUCCUAAGGGGAAAUACUUCACCCAGGGUAACAGUGCAAAUCUGACGGAGGCUUUGAGUCAGUAUGAGGAGCAGCUGGGAAGACUCUCCUGUCCUGUGGACUUCUCCAAAAAAGUGGUUUGUGUGCCCUCCUACAUGGAACUCUGGGUUUUCUACACCGUGUGGAAGAAGUGACUUUUUUUCUCUCUCUCUCGCUCUCUCUAGCUAGUGGAACGUGAACAGGCUUUCUUCUCUGCUGUAUCGCUCGCUAGGUGUAGUCCGAGGGAGCUCGAAAACGCUUAC